AUGGCACCCACAAUCAAGGUCGGCGAUACGAUACCUGAAACAACAUUCACCUACAUUGCAUAUACACCCGAGCUAGAAGCCAAGCUUGCUUGUGGUAUUCCCACGAAGCUUAACACUAACUCGUGGAAGGGAAAGAAGAUCGUACUUUUUUCUGUUCCAGGAGCCUUCACUCCUACCUGCCAUGUGAAUCACCUUCCCCCCUACAUCGAGAAGUACGAUGAGUUCAAGGCGAAAGGUGUUGAUGCUAUCGCCGUAGUUGCUGCGAAUGACGCUUUCGUUCUGAGCGGAUGGGGAAGAUUCGAAGGCGUUCAAGACAAAUUUCUAAUGCUUUCUGACACAGAUGCUAAAUGGUCUGAAAGCAUGGGACUUUCUGUGGAUCUCUCCGCUGUUGGCUUUGGUACUCGUACAGCCCGCUACGCUAUGAUCAUCGACGAUCUCGUGGUGAAAUAUGUAGAGCUUGAACCUGCUAAGGGAGUCACCGUUUCUGGAGCGGAUGCUGUUCUGUCCAAACUCUGA